AUGGCAAGCGAUAUAACAGAAAAAUGGGCGUGCUCACAAUGUACCUACGCAAAUUUUCAAGCGGCAAAAGCAUGUACGAUGUGUCGUACUCCACGACAUUCAGUUUUUAUUACCGAGCCACCUUGUACUUCCAAUGCUGUUUGCGGUGGUGAAGAAACUGAGCAACGGUGGCCUUGUCCGGACUGCACAUACCUGAAUGUCCUGAAAUCUCGUCAGUGUACGGUGUGCAUGUGUAAACGACCUACUAAUUUUGAUACUGAGGAUGAAAAGGAAUUCGUCUGCAAAGAUGAAUGCUCAGUCGAUCUCAAACAAGUUGAGAAGUUAGGAAAAGCACUGCAUAAGUGGGAUUGCUCGCAGUGUACUUACAAAAAUUGGCCUAACGUUAAACAUUGUACUAUGUGUGGUACACCAAAAGAUUAUGUUUCCGUGGGUAUUGGCAGCGACAUCAUUGGUCAGGAUUCUUAUGGAAAAGGCGAUAUUGCAGCAUGUCAUUCCUUAAUCAAGGAAGAAACUGAUGAUCUAUUAAAAUAUGCGGAAAAAACUGCGAAAGAUUUUGCUGAAGGAGAGAGUGAAGAUCAUCAUGGAGUUGGAAAAGCAACUAAUUUAAAUUUGAAUAAGCGGAUUACCUUUCUCGACAUAUAUCUUUCUCAUCUAAAUAAAUCAGUUGACACGGGUUGCGCAUCAUUCCUAGAAACAUGUGCUGAAAUCCUCCGACAAAGUAGUGAUGCUGAAGCUAAACUUAUUCAUUACAUUUAUCAUUAUGGCGAAGGCAAUCGAAGGAUCAAUGGCUUUGAGACUAUGUUGCUGAAUGAUGUUGACGAAGAAAGUGCAUCAACAGUUGUCAACCGCUCAAUUAUUGAUAUCAUUCGAAGUAAGAACGGCAGGAUUUUGGCGAGUGUUCCAAGAUUUUUCAUGGAUUCCAUGUCUUGCACAGUUGCAAUUCCAGGAUUAGCAAGUGGUAACUGUUCUGAUGAGAUUCACAAGAAAAUACGCGAAAGUAUGUACGAAGAUUAUGAUAUGACGCGUGUCGCUAACAAUAAUGCCUUGUUUACUUUACCAAAUGCGAUUUACGAUUUGCGACCAUGGGUAGUUUCCGGUGAAAGUAACCUACGCGUCCUCAUGGAUCUCGAAGAUCGUCGUAAGAAUAUAUAUGUUGGUUCAAUUUUAGAAGUUCUUGAUACAGUGUGCUGCAUGGAUGCACAUUCUCUAUCAGGGCCAACAGGCUGUCAGACUUAUGCACCAGUGUUGUUGCGAAAUCGUGGAGGAGGACACAGCCUUGUGGAUGCAGUUUCACAGGCAUUGUGGGGUGUAAUCGACAAAAGCAAUACACUUCGUGAUGCACUGUACCACACGUUAUAUGCAAUGGAAACUGACUUUCGAGGUCGAUGGGCAACUUCUUUGAUGAAACUUGGAUUAAAUUUUGAUAUUUGGAUGAUGCAACGUCACUGGUCAAACAUUAUUGAGUGUAAUGACCCUGGCUUCCCAUUAGAGCAGAUCCAUAUACUUGUUUUGGCACAGGUCUUGAAUCGUCCAAUCAUUGUAUUUCCUAUUGAAUCGUCAAAACUAAACCCAUUCCCUGUUCGGGAUGGACGCCCUGGUAGUUGGAAACAUCCAGUUGAAGGAUUUUACCCACAACUGCCUGGUUUGAACAAUUACCGAUUGUGCCCACCUUUAUUACUUGGCUAUACUAAUGGAAAUUUUUAUGCGCUUGUAUUACCUCCACGUCCUGUUGUCGGACGAGUAGAUCCAGGUCGUCCAUCACGUAUUUAUCGCUAUAUACGCUGUCCACCUUAUCCUCUUACGGAGUAUGUGCAGUUUGUGAAUGAUGCAAAGGAAGCUGAAGAUUUCAUUAAGGACAACAUUGUUGUUGAUGUGGACUGUAAUGGGCAGCAGUGGAUUUAUCAUUCAACGUUUGGUUCAUCCCAUACAAAGAAUGAUUUGGGUUUUCUAUUAUGGAAAGAUUGGAUUAAAGCGCACUUUCCAAAAAUCAUUCACGACGACUGUGAGGUGCAGAAUGCGGUUACAGCUUCUGAAGAUAGUGCUUCAAAAGUCGGCCGGAUUUGUGGCAAAUCACCUUAA